CUGAAGUACAACAAAUCAGACCAGACCUCAUCCCCCCAAAUGGUCUCACUUCCUGGGCCGCCGGUGAACCCAUACCCACCGGACAUAAACCGUUCAUCGGAAAAUAAAAAACCCACCGGACCCACAAAUGUAAAUUAUCAGGAAUCAAUGUCAAUUGAUGAUGAAGUGUUAAGAAGAGAAAGAAAAGAGAGAGUGAAUAAAAAAAUAGCAUCACAGAAAGCAAUAUCAGUGAUAUUAAGAAGAGAAGCAACGAAAGCUGUAAUUGAAAAGAAAAAAGGGUCUACUAGAUUGUUUCCAGGAACUGUACUUGAAGCACUUCAUGAACGUAUUACUGCUUUGCGUUGGGAAUCUGCUCUUAAGGUUUUUGAACUACUCCGUGAGCAGCUUUGGUACCGGCCUAACUCUGCUAUAUACGUAAAGCUAAUAGUGAUGCUUGGAAAAUGUAAGCAACCUGAGAAAGCACAUUCAUUGUUUCAGGCCAUGAUCGAUGAAGGUUGUAUUGCGAAUCAAGAGUCUUACACUGCUCUCUUAUCUGCCUACAGUCGAAGUGGCCUGUUUCGAAAAGCAUAUGCAAUACUAGAUGAGAUGAAAAACACUCCUGAUUGCCACCCUGAUGUAUACACAUAUUCAAUCCUCAUUAAAUCGUGCCUUCAUUUCCAUGAAUUUGAUAAAGUGCAAUCUUUGCUUUCUGAAAUGGUCUCACAAGGUGUGAAGCCCAAUACAGUUACUUAUAAUACCCUUAUUGAUGCAUAUGGGAAAGCAAAAAGAUUUGUGGACAUGGAAUCAACACUUGUGGAAAUGCUCCGCCAAAGGGAAUGUAAGCCUGAUGUAUGGACCAUGAACUCUGCUCUUCGAGCAUUUGGUGGCAGCGGGCAAAUAGAAACAAUGGAAAAGUGCUAUGAGAAGUUUCUCAGUGCAGGAAUUCAACCUAAUAUCAAAACCUUUAAUAUACUCUUGGAUUCUUAUGGGAAAACUGGAAACUAUAAGAAAAUGAGUGCUGUCAUGGAAUACAUGCAAAAAUACCAUUUUACAUGGACUCUUGUGACUUAUAAUAUCGUCAUAGAUGCAUUUGGGCGGGCUGGAGAUCUGACCCAGAUGGAAUUCUUAUUUAGGUUAAUGCAAUCUGAGAGCAUAAAACCAAACUGUGUGACACUUUGUUCACUUGUAAGGGGCUAUGCCCAAGUUGGAAAAGCUGAAAAGAUCGGGGGUCUUUUGAGAUACAUUGAUAGUUCAGAUGUAACAGUUGAUACUGUGUUUUUUAACUGCUUAGUGGAUGCUUAUGGUAUGAUGGGCUGUUUGGCAGAAAUGAAAAGGGUCCUACCAAUGAUGGAAAGUAAAGGAUGUCAACCUGAUACAAUCACGUAUCGAACUAUGAUUAAAGCUUAUAACAUGAAUGGAAUGAGUAACCAUGUGAAGGAGCUUCGGCUUGCACUCUCUUCCAUUGGAAAAGAAGAUUUCAGACGAUAAGUUUGAAGGAAGAGUAUUGUGGAGAAAUCUUGUCCCCUAAUUCUUUGUAGAGUAAAGAGGAAAACUUGAGAAUUCAGCUGAAUAAUGCUUUUGGAGAUCUUAGUUAUAGCUUAGAGAAUUUCACUGCAUUGAUGAUGUUGUAAUCUUUUGUCGUGCAAAGUUUCAUCAAUGAUGUAUUAAGAAUUUUAUGUAUAUGAUCUGUUAUAUAUAUUCAAUCUAUGCCACAAACUAAUAUUACACUUU